AUGCUGUCGAUGAUGAUGAUGACGGGAGUGUAUCUGCUGGAGUCAAUGCAUGAUUCUCGAAGGUCGUUACAACUCAAUAAUCCGAUUUUCCAACAUUUCGAGCAGAUUCAUCGGACGGAUUUGGAUGACUCGUUCAAUAUCCCUUCAUCACGGAGCAGCCGUUACCUACAGCAAAAUUUCCUACUCCAUCUUCGCUCACAUGUGUCAAAGAUGUUGCAUCUUUCACUGUUACUGAAGAGGAACCUCAUUUGGGUACUUGGAGACUGGGCCCAUUUCCUCUAUUCGGCGCAGCACUCUCUGCGGACGGUUGAUCAGUUACAUGUGGCACUAGAAAAAGGAACUAGUGUCGGUGCGAACGGCACAAAGGAGGACACUAAUUCGGGUUGCGGUGGAGAAUUUCAGGUGGUGCAUCGAACGGCUCAUAAUCUACGAUUGCAUCUGCUGGUUGCGCUUGACAGGACGAGAGAACUGGAAGACGCUCUCAGCCAAACCGAUGGGGAUACCUUGCUGCAUCUUUCAAGCCAGCUGAGUUUUAUACAGCUUCAACUUCAAGCAUGUGAAAAUUUUCGCGGAGAGCUGGAGAAGUUACUCGUAUCUCCGUCGGGCGGAGGACAACCUGACUUCAAUGACACUUCUUUAGGGGAUACAGACGAACCAGUCACUUACAGCAUGCUGCAUCAGGCCAACCCUGUCACCAUGGAAGCAAAGGAUUUGGAGCCAGAAGAUGAUGUCUUGGAAGAUGUGGCUAUUGGUUUGGACGAAUCAGAAGACGAAGACAACCAAAAACCGGAUCCUGACAUGGAUACAGGCUUGAGUAUGGGAACUCCACUUUUUGCGUCGGUUUUGAAAGAACUGCAAGUGGUAAUUGCAUGCCGACGGUUGAAAAUGCAAGAAAGAGAGCAGCGUGCUUUAGAGAAGCGACUCCACACGAAUUCAUCGCCGAUUUCUGAAACAACGGCAAAGCAACUUGUAACUAGCGCACAGUUCACGGAACCAGGUAGUUGUGAAGUGCGACCUUUUAUGGCAGAAGACACAAUGGAUCCCAACCCUGUCACAAGUCAAGAAGCCGCGGUUUCAGAUUCUGGUUUAAACGAUUUUUUCCGGGACGCCACCGUGCUGGAGAAGACUGAUCUCAUCAUAGCACAAAGGCGCCUCAGAAACCAGUGUUCUUGGCAUACCAAAUCGGCUGUGAGCAAGAGGUUCGAUCUCUUUCGUCAGGCCAGUACCGUCACCAAAGAUACAGCUGACGACUUAUUGGUGAAUCAGAGUGAUACUCUCAUAUCACCCAAGGACAACCUUCCUCCCCGUACCCGCUAUCCCGUUAAUCCGUUCGUUUCAAACCCCUCAUUUGCAGCAGCUCUUUUGGCACGUCGUCGGAAUGCAGGCUACAAAGAGGAAGAAGCGUUUGUUGAUAUUGGAACGGGCGACGGAAUACUGGGGAUGGAGGCUGAACAGUAACAACAGCACCAAGGGAACCAAAUUUCCACCUGCUGUUCAAAUAUUCAUUCAACGCUGUUCAUUUACACCCGCUUCGCUUGCCUAUUUCUCCAUUUUCAAUACAUCUCGGUGAUCAUGACUACUUACUUAUUGCGGACUCUCUAUAUGUGCCUUUCAUUGCAGUUUUUAACUGAACUGCAUUUCCCCAUGAAAUUUACGCUGCUGCUCAGAAAAUAUCAAGCCAAGUGACUUUGAACGAACUCGAAUUCUAUUGCCUAUUUUUCAGUAUUUAUGUAAGAAAUCUACUUGACUAUAUGCUUGUAAUAAACGGCUUUAGUGCAAUGAAAAGCAUGUCAUUUCUUUACUUUUUUGUAACCUUCUGUUGAAAGCUUACGGAAUUGAAAGAUGCUAUGUUCCGAAUGAAAAUUUUUCCUCAAGGAUAUGUGUGCACUGUCGGUGUCUGCGGAUUCUCGAUAGAACGUAUAGUUGGUGAUGCAACGUGACCGCUACUUCUGUCAGUACAAACUGUGGUGUUUGCGUAUACCGUACAAGCGAUUUCUGAUGCAACGCAACUACUAUGCACUAGGCGUACUUAGCCCUUCUCUUCAGCACCUAACCUGUGUGCAUUUGGUAUAAACGAAAUUUCUGUUCUCG